GGAGCAUACCACGUGAUUUCCGUCGUUGCUAUGGUUACAGAUCUAUCCGCGAGGACGCGCAGUUUGGCUGUGUUGUUGUUGACUGAAUUAGAUAAACUGAAGUAUGGACUCGUGUGAAAGUGAGGAUUUGGAAAAGUUCUUGACGAACGUGGACCGUAUAAGUGAGCUGGUGAAGGAGCUGAACUCUGCUGAUGUGGCUGCUCAGGAGAAAGCUAUGGAAAAGGCAGAUUGCCUGGUUGCCUCAAUGGAAAAAGAGAACGCGAGCAAAAGUCACAUAGACAGGACAGUUAUUAAUCCCAAUCCCUCAUGUAUGAGCAGACCAGUGGUAAAUAAAGUGAAUGCAACUUAUGUACCCAGUGAAAGUCCAGAGAAUUUUAUGAGAUCUUUAGAAAAGGAUGUAGAGGAGAGAAGAAUGAGGAGACAAGUGAAAGAGAAGCAAGCAAACGCCUUAAAGGAGAAAGGAAACAAGGCGUUUGCACUGGGAGACUAUGAAUUGGCUGUAAAGAUGUACACAGAAGGUCUAGAACAGCUUCGUGACAUGCCGGCCCUUUACACAAACAGAGCUCAGGCCCAUAUCAAGCUGGAGAAGUAUAAGGAGGCUAUAAGUGACUGUGAAUGGGCCCUGAAGUGCAACCAUAUGUGUAUUAAGGCAUACGUCCACAUGGGAAGAGCACAUCUAGGGCUAAAAAAUUUUAUUGAGUCCAGGCUGUGUUAUGGAAAGAUAUUGGAUAUAGCGCCAGAGCGUGAAACCCUUGUGAAAGAUUAUCUGACACGAGUGGAUUUGGAAGAGAAGAAGUCCCUUCAGGAACAAACAGCACUCAAGGAGUUGAACGAUGGAAAAGAAGGGGCUGUGGCCAUUCCUGAGUUUCUGACAAAGCUGGACAGACCCAAUGAGCACACCCUCUACUACUGCGGUGGCGUUGAGCUUCUCACACAAGCUGUUAAAGACAGUACUGGGCAGACGUUAUUCCGAUUAAACAAUGGCUUUAGUGUCAUCGCUGGCAAUAAGAAUAUAAAGAGCUGUCUUGCACAGACUUCUAAGGAGCUGCACAGCGAGGAGCUAUGUGUUUCUGUCCUCAGAUUAUGGAGAAUGGUUUGCAGUGGAAAUGAGGAGAAUCAACAGCUGUUACUGCAUUGUCCCAGCACAAGAGAACAGAUUGUCCAGUUGUUAACCUCAACUUCCUUAGCAGUCCAGCAGGAGUGUUUAACUUUAAUCUGCAUGUACUGUCAGACGCAGCACGGAAGACGCUUGGUAAUUGAAAACCUCAAUCUGCUCAGAAUGGUAGAGCUCUUGAUGGACUGUGUUUGCAAAGAGGACAAAUCAGGAACCAUGGCCCUCGCUAUUCUGGAGAACUUGGCUGGAGAAAAUAAGUUUCGAAUCCAGUCCAGAGAGAGCAUUACAAAAGUUUUUGCUCCUCCUUUUGAGCAUUUGCUGGAAAAUGUUGCAGGAUCCAGCCAAGACUUGCUGCCCUGCUUAAUUUCUGUGAUUGGGGCCAUGUCUGUGGAUGAAGUCAUUAUUAACAGGCUGGCAAGCCGUGAAGAAUUUUGGAAGAGCUUGUUUUCAGCCAUGGGGUGGUGUGCUAGCUGUGAAUACAGAAAUGCUCUCUAUCCUCUCCUGGGCCUGAUGAUCAACAUAGCCUCUAAUCAAACUCCAAUCAUUCAAGCGUAUGCUGUUGUGGGCUGUAAAAGAUGUGUGGAUCUGCUUAGUGAUCCUGAUGGUGGCAUCAUCACGAGAGCAGCAGGAUUGCUAAGCGUGGUCCUCCCCAAAUCAGCUGCUCUCACUCAGGAAAUUGUGCAGCAAGGAGUAGUAAAGAAACUGCUCAGGAUUCUCAAGGGUGAAGGGCACACAAGCUCGAGAUACUCAAUUAAAGCUCUGGCAGUGUGCACUGCCUCUGGCCAGCAGGCUUGUCAAGAGCUGGUAAAGCUUGACAUGAGGCUGGUGACCAUAAGGAAGCUCCUGGGCAGCAGUGAUGAGUUGGUGGUAGGGAAUGCUGCUCUAUGUCUAGGACACUGUUUGGCGGUACAGGGAGCUGCAGCCAGUCUCUUGGGCACAGAUUGCGUGAUGCUCCUGUUGCGCCAUGUGGCUGGUAAAACUAAUAGAGCUGACGUGCAGCAGAACGCAGCCAUCACUUUGGGGAAACUGUGCAGAGCUGAGCCCAGGCACAUGGUGAAGCUCAGGGAGCUCAAUGGUCUGGAGAUCCUUCACUCCUGUAUGAAAUUGAUCACGUAAGCCCUUCCACUUCAUGCGGACACACCCACAUGGAUGUACCCUGAAAAUCACAACCAGAACAAUCUUCCUGAUCUUAAAGUGAGAAACCUACACUGCACCGGAACUAUCUUUAUUACUCAGUUCUUCCCUGUGUUCAUUUUAAUUACCCAACACUGACACUGGUGGACUAGAUUACAUGCAGCCCAAAGACAAUUCAAGUUUCAUUUUCCUCCCAUCCCAAAUAGCUGACUUUGCAUGUUUAUUUGGUUUCAUUGCAUUUUCCUUGUUUGUUGCCAAAACUGAGAAAUAAUAGCUUUUUCUUUAUCGAUUUUAAUAAUAAAUAAAGCUAGAUGUUUAUUGUAAAGAAUUGGAAAAAUCCACACAGUAUAUGGAAAUGCACAGACAUUAAACUAGGUUCUUAGAGUUAGGUAAUUAAUAUUUAAUUUGGUAUCAUUUCAGGUUCACAUAGACAUACUUCUAAGGAAUCACUAAUCUGGUCAGAACCUAGUUUACAAACCUGACAUCAAUGUUAUGUUCUUUGGUCUGUACAAGGUAUUACUUUUUAAUUCAAAUUCUGUUUCUUGUGCGGUAAAGUAUUGGAUCCUAAAUUUUAAAUGACAUUAAAGCUGAUUUAUGAAAAGCAAA